GAGGCAUCCUCCCUCUUCCUUGGGAUCCAAGGAGUUAAAAUGGAAGAGAGAGUGAGUGCCUGAAGGGGGUUGGAGCGUAUGUGACUACAGUGCCCAAUGCACACCAAAUGUGGAAUACAGCACCCACAAACGGCAAACACCACACUUCAGUGGCCCAUCGAGCUGACCCGGGCUCCACCCUGCUGCCCUCUUCCAGGCCAUGUAGUCUGGGGCUGGCUGCUCAGCCUCUCAGAGCCAGUUUCAUCUGUGACAGUGGCGUGGGACUGUCGGUCUCCCUGGGUUGUCAGGAGCACCCACGCCAGCAGCCUUGGGCAGUGCCUCAUCAGGGGACCCGAGGUAUUGAGGGGUUUCCACAUGGGAGACCAGGGGGACUCAGAAAAUGGCUCCUUGUGUUUGUUUGGCUUAUCCACAGGCCUCGUUAGGGGCAGAGGGCGUACCUCUGCACACAGGCGGGCAGCAGAGACUCUGAUCAUUCCCAUCAAGCAGCACCCAUGCCUGCAUCAUCCCUCCUGCGGCAAAGAGUUGGAAUCAGGAUUUUAUCCCCAUCUGCCGCUGGAGUGCAGCACCUCCUCGGACCCAGCUGUUCUUCUCAUGGCCAUGGUCGUGGGCCUUGCUGCAGGUGCUCUCCAUGGCACGGCUGACCUGGGCAUCCACUCUGUCUACCGCAUCUGCACAUCCGUUCUGUCAUUUCAUGUUUGCACAGAUGUUGUCUGAGGCCAGAGCCUUUGAUCCUGAUCUAAGGUCUGUGGAGCCACUGAGCUACAGAGCUGGCAGGAAGUGAGGACAGAGACCUUCUCUGAUUCUGCACCUCAAGCCUGGUUCCUGCACACAGUAGGUCAUCAGGGAACCCCUGGGAGUAUCAAGAGUAUCAGGGUGAUUCCAACAAGUGAAUCAGGUGGAAUUCAGGCCUCUGAAGUCCGAGUUUCAGAAUCUGGAGGCACACCUCCGCCCACUUUCUCUUCAUGGCACAUGUUUCUCCACCCCUCAUGUCCCUUGGCCGAUUCACCCUCCUUUAUCCUGUGUAGGAUUUACUGAUAUUAGUCCCGUCUGUCUGCUGGAAAUCACAUUCCUUUCUCACAGUCCACUGAAUCCUCAUCUUACAAAGUUGGAUUUUGUGGCCCCGAGAAUCCAUGCAGGAAGCCCAGCUAAGCCCCAGGGAAGCUGCUGCCACAAACACAUCUGCAUUGGUGGCUCUAGAGGGCCACAAUUGGACAUUUGAAAUCAGCCAAGGAUCCCAGGAAGGACAGCUCACCUGGGCCUGGUGGGUGUAUGGGAGGCGGGGAGGACCAUGACUGAGGUGCUGCCUGGGUGUGCCUGGUUGGCAACGAGAGCCACACAGAGGAAAAGCGGGGCCAGGGGUUGAAAGAGCAGAUUGGGUGAGGGUGGGACUCUGGCCCUGAGAAGUGGCUCUUCCAAGGACAGGCCCCCUCCCUGUUGUGGGGGUCCCUCAGGUAGUGCCUGCUGUUAGAGGGUAGAACUUGGGGACAGGCUUCUGUUCUGACUCUCGGAGGGCGGCACUCUGGGGUGGGGGUGGUGAGAGAGAGAAUGAUCUGCCUUUCCUUGCUGGACUAUGUUCUUUGUAAUAAUAUUGGAAUCAUCUUUCAUCAUC